AUGCAAGACGAGCAAUUGCGAUUAACUCCGCUACGUAAUAUUUUGGUCAAUGCAUCCAAUCAAGAUACAAACUCAAAGUUUGUAUCGGUGGUCACGGAAAUCGAAAGAUACCUCACAGAUAUUGCAUAUCAUGAAAACUAUACCGAUGACGAUGAAUUACCACUGGAUACAUUCGAUUUAACUAUAAGCGAUGGUAGACUUAAGGCCAAAUUUGUUCUUUCACACAAGUAUAACUCCAUGAUUCACAAAGGAUUACUUCAAACUCACUCUGUUGUCGAUAUACAACGCACGACUAUUAAAUACAAUGAAGCUGAUGUUCGAGGCAAGCCUUAUAUAUAUAUUGAAGAUUUGCAGAUUGUUGCCAAUGAUUUUGCGCUUGAUCUCGAACACGAAUUGCGAUUUGGCCCAGAAGCUUCAGAACGUGAGAUUGACUCUUUGCCACUUGCUUCUAGACGUAGAUACUAUUUGCCAAUGUGGAAUGACGUAGACUAUUAUGGAAGCAUCUGGGAUGAAUAUGUCGGUAAUUCUGCAGUUAGAAUGACGGAAGCAUCUGCAAUUCAAACUUACAAAAAAGUUGCUAACAUUGAAGAUGUCACCAGACUAUUUGAAACCAAAGGAGAUAAACACAAGUCUUAUCCACCAAUUAUUGGCAGAAUUGUCAAGAAAUCAAGACUCAGCCAUUACGGGAAAAUUAGCGAUAAAAAUAAAUUACCGUAUGUUAUGACGAUUAUUGUUGCCGAUGCCUCAUCUGCCGUGUCGAUUUGCUUAUGGAGCAAUGUAGCCGUUAAAUACUUUAAACUAUUGAAAGUUGACGAUGUUAUUUUGGUUAACGGCUAUAAAGUUCGUCCAGCACAUGAAUAUAUUACGAGAGCUGACAAUGAAUUACUGGAUGAUAUCAGUCAACUCGAAUUUGCAGUAAACCCCUCUAAUCCUAAAGGAGAAAUUGUUAUAUUGAGCGAUAUUAACUUGUACAAUGAUUUACCGACUCUGUACCAUAAUUUUCAUAACAGCGUAUCUCUUAUAAAUUUAAAAAGUAAUUGUAUAUGUGAUGUGAUGGGUUUGGUUACAUACGUUGGCAGACCGUAUCGUUGGAGUAGAAAAUCUAAUCAAUCCGGUGGCAAAAUACUAAUAUGUUCAAGUGUUAUGGUGCAUCACACCUUAAGAAAUUCCGCAAGUGUUCGCUACUUGCACUUAUCCACUACUAUUUAUUCGCAGCUAUGCGUUAGAAGUGCAGUAUCCACAAGUGUAAAGGAUCCCGUGUUUGGCGAUUGUAUUGUAUAUCAACAACUGCUUAGAUGGUGUUUGUCUGAUGAAGCCAAGGAAAUCCUUUCUCAUGCUUGCUACGGAGGAUAUUACUGUUAUCCACCUUGUCCAAUUGAUUUGCAAAAUAUCAUGUCAGCAUUUGAUGGCAAUGACAUAGAUAUUACAACAGCAAAAGUAGUUGCUAAGCGAGCGAAAGAGAUACACUACCGGCAAUCAGAGCGAUUUAAAAUGCAGGCUAUUGUAUCUCACCUUGUAGUAUGUAAUUUAAAUGACGGAAAGAAGUUAUCUUCGUCGACGAUACUCCAUAAUCCGCCGAUCAAUACUAGCAUAGUAUAUUCGCACGAUAGUGGAAUAUAUAGCCAAAAAAGAGACGAUGUCGGCGACUGUAUUUCGGAGGAGAGUCCGCAAGGUGCGCACGAACGCCUUUAUGGCCUUGAAAUUAAUAAAGAUAUUUCGAUUCCUGGUGAAAUGGCUAUACCUAUCGCCAUUAACUCAGAUCGUUAUGAUGCUAUUGAUGAGUAUUGGAUUUUAACUUUGUUAAGUUUAAAUAGGAAUAUAGCAAUAGAUGCAUUCUUUAUUCCGAUUACAAAUACUGAUCGUGAUUAUCGCAUGGCUGGAAAUUAUCCACCUAACGAUACUCAGUCUACUUUCGAUAUAUGUUCAGUACUAUCGCGCGGUACUCUAUCGGUUAGGCAUUCUAUCACACCUGAAUAUGUAAAAGAGAUCGAAAAUCAAUUACAAAGCAAACGAUUUUUGUUUGAAAUUGAUAUCUAUAACCAUGGCGAUGCUAUUAUAGAAGCAGUUAUAAAUCGAGGUUUUUUAAUAGAAAAUUGUGAUCAAAUCGCUACGGGCGAAAAGGAACAUCAAGAUUGGAAAUGA